GGCGGGAGGAGGCGGCGGCGGGGCGUGAGGGCGAGCGAGAGCAUCCUCCUGUACUCCGCCUUCUACGACCCGAGGACAGGCUCCGGUCAGCCCCCGUGCGUGCGGAUCCUCGGGAUGAGUCGCCGCGAGAAUCCGGACUCGAUGUGGUGCCAGCUGUGGUUCGACGCCCGGGACGCGCCGGUGGCCGUCAGGGUGGCCGGCGUCGAUCACAUCGACUACCACGCGAAGGAUCCCUCGUACCCGAUGCCCUUUCUGUUCACGUGCCCGCUCCCUGCCCCCGUGGCCCCCCUGCCGCCCCCGCCGUCUCCCUGGCCCCUCCCCCUGCCGCCCUGCCACGAACGCCCUCAAGGUCGUGGGAGGUCGAGAGCGAGCGUCGUCUGCCUUCGUCGGCGAGCAGGACGGCAAGGACCCGCCCACCUGGAGCGUCGCCGUCUGUGGCCCCGCCCUCUUCUACUACAACGAAGACUUCUCCGACCGCCUCAUCGAAUGGCUCGAGACGCUGCGGGCCAUGGGCGUGGCGAAGGUCUUCCUGUACGAGACCGACGUGGCGCCCACACUAAGCCAGGUUCUACGCCACUACGAGCAGGACGGCUUGGUCAGCACCUUGCCGUACUCCUAUCCGCCGCCGUAUCCGAAUCACCCGGCGACGCGAUGGAUAUGGAGACACCUCGAAUCCGAAAAUUACUUCAGCCAAGAGAACGUCUACUUCAGCGACUGCGUGCUGAGGCACAUGCACGAGUACCGCUUCAUCGCCCACUUCGACCCCGAUGAAGUGCCUGUCCUCCCGCACCACCAGACGCUUCCCGGGCUGGUCGCCGAGCUGCUCAGGACCUCCUCGGGCAAGGCCUACCCAGCCUACAAUCUGCAGAUGAUCAACUUCUACGAGGACCUCCCGCCCGUGGAAGAGGUGCGCGAUCUCCCUCCCUUCCUGUGGGUCCUCAGGCACACCGCGCGGCUCAAGGAGGACCCCGCGUUCGUCACGGGCCACUCCAAGCCCAUCUUCGACAUGGACUUCGCGCGUGGAGUGUUCUCGCACGCGCCCGUGACGUGCGUGGGUAUGUGCGAGGCUGUGAAAAGGGUAAGUCCAAGCCUGGCUUACCUUGGGCACUUCAAAGGGACCUGUGGAGAGAAGUGCCAAGACAAAGACCUAUUGAGGACAGAGACAGCACAUCUGCGAUACAGGGAUUUGGUCCUUCAGGCUGUCACUUCCGUUAAGAAGAAGCUGCAGCUGGUCUAGUUUAGUGUCAGCUCUGAACUGGAGUAUUAAAAUAUCCUUAUGUCGUUUUACUCUUGUAUAAUGAAUUAUUACGAUUUUUCCAGCUACCUCAUACACCGUGGUUGUAUUUCCCCCUUUUUCUUAGAAAUAAAUGUAGGUUUAGUUUAGUCCUGACUUUUUCAACCAGUAUCAGAGUUUGUUCAGCUUCAAUUUUCAAUAGUUCAAUCAUAGAGGACUUAGGCAAGAUAUUGUUAAUUCAUCAUUAAAUUAAACAGAUGAAAGCAAUUUGUUUCUAAAGAAG